CGUGUCAAAACAAACGGUCGCUGUUCCUGCUACAAUUGUGAUUCCUAUCUAAAGUUUGGUGCUGAUUGUUUUCUCUGUUUGUCAGUGAAAUUUUUGAAAUUUUGACACCGUCUCCAGUUUUAAUAGCUAACUAAAAACACACUGAUUAAGACUUUGCAAUUUUCCUGGUGUUCUCUAGCCGUGUCUCUCAGGAUCAAUGGCGUCCUAUCUAACAGAGUGGGUCACGUCAUGUUUCAACAUAAUUUUGACAGCCACUGCACUCUACUCCUCUUACAAACUAUUUAAGGUCCACAGAGCACCUUCAGUAGGCUUCUUUCUGCUUGGGAUCUCUGCAGCAAUUUCCAUCUUGCAUCCCUCCAGCCCGUACCUAACUUCCCUGCAGAGAGAAGCUGAAUUGGCUGCUGAGGUGCUGGCUCCAGUGUUGGUCUCCUUUGAUUUCCUUUGGCUCAGUCAGGACCAUAACACAGCCCAGAUUCUCCUCUGUGGUUCUUGCCUGCUGCUCGGACUCUCUGACUGGCUCUCAGCAGAUACUCUCACAAUUAUGACUCGCUGUCUGGGCCUAUCAUCCCUCUCCUGCUGCCUGAUGGUGUGUUUGUUUGCUGGUAAUGCUUCAGGGGCCUUUGGGAGCAUGGCCCUCAGCCUCCCCUUACUGCUGACUCAGAGGUUUGGAACAAAAACUUUUGCUCCUCUGCUUUUUCCAGGUGCUACAGAAGAACUGAUGAAGUGUCUUUUAAAGGGGUCACUGUUGAUAGGCUGUUGGGUAUCAACUCGUGCUCUUGGCAAGUUUCUGUUUGAUGUGACUGACCAAGCUGUCUAUUUAAGUUCAUAGAAAUCUCUGAGAUGUAGGUAUCUAUGACUGUGACAGAUGUGACUGACAAACUAGAAAAAUGCAGAAAUCUAAUAUGCCUAUUAAUGUGUCAAUAUAAUAAAUAAUAGCUCCAGUAAUAGCUGGUUCAGCCUUCUCAAGGAUUUAUCUUUUUCCUCCAUCAUCAUGCAGCAUUUUUAUUGCUCAUAAUGAGCUUUUGGGGAGUAAACAAAACAUGGCAGUAAGCGUGAGUCUGUGUUACUUUAUUUAAGUGAAAUCUAUGCACAUUGCCUUUUGAUAAAAACAAACAUUAUACUUGUUUAAAUUAAUCCCAAGUUAAAAGAACUGGUUAAAAAAAAUCCCAUGUUGAAGGUAUGAGGGUUUGUUGUGGGUUUGUCUCAUAUCUCUACCUUUUGCCUCCUUGUCUCCUCUGACCUUUGUCUACCUGCUCUGUAAGACGCAUACUGUUUCUAUGUGUGUGAUGAUGUCUUAUCCUCACCUCACUAGGAGAGGAAUCAAGGAUGUAAGAAAUAAGUUUGCGGGUGGGGGUGGGGGGUUGUUGAGGGCGGUACCAAAAAGUGAAACAUGAUUUAUGAAUUUGAAAUGUAUCUAUUAAAAAACCCCAAGAAACUGAAGGUGCCAGCUGAGGGUGUGGGAAGCUGAAACUUUUAAUAGGAUUUAAAAAUUGGAUUUUAGGGUGACUGGGAUUUCCUAUUCCUAUUUCCUAUAAAAAUAAAUAACUGAUAUAGGGGGGUUCAUGGAAAAGCAUCAAGAUUUGUGGUUCAUCAUAUAGUAAAGGAUAGCAUAGUUUUAAACAGGGAAGAAUAUAAACAGUAAUUUAGAAGAAUUUCCAAACAUUAAAGAAAUAAUUCUGGGUGAAAUUAAAGAUGGGAAAAUUUUCCAGCAUGAAAGUACCACAGCAUGAAUAUUACAAUAGUCAUUUUUGUAAUGCUUGUUUUUGCUUGCCUCUGCAUUUUCUGGAACAUAUAGCCAAACCAAGAGACCAUAACUGAAGAUACCCUUUUUGUAGAAGUCUACUUAACAUAUGUUGUGUUUGACUAUUCUAAAGAUGUCAUUUGUAUAUUUGAACUUCCUGCAUGAAUUUCCUUUUUAGCAGUGUUCUUCCAUCUUCCGGCUCUUCUAACAGUUUUAAUGUUGUGGUUUCCAGCUGCCUCAGAGUCUGGGUGAUAUUUGUUCUGCAGACUCAGCACGAUGUCUGUUUAAGAAAAAAAAAAUCUGCAGUGGUUUUGGCCCAGCCCUUACCUCAUCACAACUGUUUGAUUCUUAUCAGUUCAUUUAAACAAGGGGAAAAAAACUUUCUUGGUUUGCAUCAGCUGUCUUGGUACUUGAAACAACCUGGCCUGUUUAAACCACCCUCGUUUCACUGUGUCCCAUGUCAUUUGCAUUGACCUUGUGAGAUAUUGAUAUUCUUUACAGUCAUUUGUAGUGGACGCUGCAGAGGCUCCCUAAAGAUUUCAGGGGUAUGAGCAGCUUCCUCAGCAGUUUUUUUUUUUUUUUCCUUUUUGCAGUAUAUGUGCAAGCAUCUGUGUCUUUCUCUGGGACUGCCUAUGUCAGUCUUCAGGGAAAAGAUGAACACUGAUGCUUUUUACCAUUUUUGUGGGAAGUCCAAAAUGUUAUGGUAAUUGUUGCCUUUUAAAGUGUUAGUUUUCUAUUUUUUGACCAUUUAGAAGUUUGACAUUUUGUAUUUAACUUGUUAAAUAA